AUGGCGACGGCUCGUGCUGCAGCAUCAGGUUCUGGGGUGCGCUCCCCAAACGGUCGAGACACGAGGACGCAGCUCUACGUUGGCAAUCUGCCGUACAGAGUACGAUGGCAGGAUUUGAAGGAUCUGUUUCGCAAGGCUGGGACUGUCUUGCGAGCUGAUGUCAGCUUGGGCUCCGAUAAUAGGAGCAGGGGCUAUGGGACAGUUCUCCUUGCGACUGCUGAAGAUGCCGGUCGAGCAAUUGACAUGUUCAAUGGCUAUGUGUGGCAGACGCGCACUCUGGAAGUUCGUCCCGACCGUUUGCCACCUCCCGACCCGGAGCAUCAGAACCCCGCCGCUGGUCCUUCUCCCCUGCACGCGAUGCCUUAUGUUCCUCCCACCAACCUUGCCCCCCCUGGACCUGGACCUGGACCUAUCGCUCAUGGACCUUGGCUGAACAUCGACGGCAGCCCUGCUCGUCCACAAUCCGCUCUACCCUUCCAUGUACAGUGGCAAGACUUGAAGGACCAUUUCCGCAGUGCUGGCCAGAUCGCUCGUGCGGACGUCGCUACAGGCCCAGACGGGCGUUCUCGUGGUUUCGGCACUGUGCUCUUCGUGCAUGAAUCGGAUGCGCUUGCCGCUGUGGAGAUGUUUAACGGGUUUGUCGUGUUCCUUUCGUGA